AUGACCCAAUCUGGCAAGAAGAUCCUAAUCUUAGUAUUUUUGAUGAAAGUAAUGCUGCUCUGCCUCUCGGACAGGGCUCAAGCAGCUAGCAGCUUCGAUUGCUGCCUUCGGUAUAUAGAACAUCCUAUCAGCGCUAAAUUCAUCAAAGGCUACACAGAACAGCGGUCCUACGAAGCCUGUGACAUUGAUGCCAUCAUAUUUUAUACCAGAAAACACGUUGUGUGUGCUGAUCCAAAGGAAGCAUGGGUGAAACAUGUCCUUAGGAUUUUGAGUUCCAGACUCAGGAAGAUGUCAAAGUAA